AAGCACUUCCAAAACGCGUUCUCCGGUGUCCCGCGACGGUCAUUCCGCGCGCAAUCGUCUCAAUACGCUCGCGUACUUCCGCCGUUCGAGUUGUUCGUCGUCGGUCACCCGUCGGGUACAUAUUUCGAAAAACAACGACAUCACGACUAUCGUUUUCAGCGUACGCGCUCGUGUAGACAUACGCCGGACGAGCACCGACGCCCUCCCCGAGUGUAUCCCGUCCCACUAAACCAUGAAAGGGUGGGGAUUGGUCGUGCUUCUCUGCACGGCCUUGCUGAGUGAACCAGUACGACCAGAAGAAAAAUGGAGUCGACCCGAAACUGCCGCAAAACGUGUUGAUGAUUGGGUACCUAUAACCGCAUCAUGUCCAUCGUGUCAAAAGAAUCUGGAAUCCAGUGAUGAAGCAGGUGGUGUUGAUGAAGUCGGACGUCUAUUAAAUCCACCGGCCGUUCCAUCCGGGCGUGCAUUUAAUUUUAAUUCCAAACAAAACAAUUUUAACCGGGCACCGACUGGCGAACCGUACGAAAUCACUACACCAGCGGCAACGUCAGCUCAGUUCUUUGGUCAACAACAAGCACCAAAAAUACCACAACCCGUACACUUCCCGGUACCAUUUUUUGGCCAACAGAACCCAUUCUCAGGUAGAUUUCAAGGACUACCCAAUUUCCAGCCACAGUUCACGUUCAUACCCCAACCGCAAAUUCAGUCUGCACCAAAGGAAAACAAAGUGACGUUCCCCGAGUCACCGUUCAUCCAACAACAAAACAAAGGGUCAGUGCAACUUGUAUACGUUCCCAUCGAAGCACUGCAGAGGCAAAAACCAAGGUUGCAAGCUGAUAGGCCAAUACCGCAACAGUCACAGAUUGACGCGAAGACGCAAUCGCCGUUCGAGACUGGUAAACUGAAAUUCCAAAGACCACCGCAACCGUUUGAACCACAGUUCCCACUUCCUCAACAAUUUGAACAAGAACCCAAUCGUUUUGCACCUCCACCACCAACACCACCGUCAUUUGAACAGAACACUGGCCGUUUCCCACCACCAUCGCAGUUGUUUGAACAAGGUAAACCAAAUUUCUCAAAUCAACUGAAGGAACAACGUCCAGAGUUUUUGCCUCAAAAUGAACAGCCAGUCAGUCCACAAUCAUUUCAGUUUCUUGAAGACGCAAGAAACCCGCCUUCCAACUUUUUUCAAUUUCACGAUAAUAGAUUCCAAAAACCAGCCUUUGAAGAUAAACCAAAAGAAACGAAACCACAAGGACAACAAACCUUUACACCCAAUCUAGAGGAAUCUAGACAAGAGUCUGCUCAGAAUUUCGUUUCAAACUUUGAUGGAAGUCGUCCAAGACCGGGACCACAACCUCAAAAUUUCCAACAGAAUUUCGAAGAAACGAGACCAAGACAAGAACCACGACCUCAAAGUGCCCAACCUAAUUUCCAAGAAACAAGACCAAAACAAGAACUGCCACCGACAAAGUUUGUCCCCAAAUUUGAAGAACCAAAAUUAGAACCUGAACAACAGUUUGUUCCCAAUUUUCAAGAAACAACAAGACCGAGACAAGAAUCACCACCACCACCACCACCACCACAGUUCGUUCCCAAGUUUGAAGAACCAAAGUUACAAUCUCAACCACAAUUUAUUCCCAAUUUCCAAGAAACAACUAGACCACGACAAGAACCACCACCGCAACAGUUUGUUCCCAACUUUGAAGAACCAAAAUUAGAACCUCAACAACAGUUUGUUCCAAAUUUCCAGGAAAAUAGGCCAAGGCAAGAAUUACCACCACCACCGCAACAGUUCGUUCCCAACUUUGAAGAGCCAAAAUUAGAACCUCAACAACAAUUCGUUACAAAUUUCCAAGAAAUUCCACAAGUAAUAGCACAACAAACAUUCACUCCUAAUUUCGAGUCAUUGAGGCCAAAACCAGAAAUUCAACCAAACACUGUCCAUAAUUUCCAGGACACGAGACCUAAACAAGAACCACAAGCACCAUUUGUACCAAAUUUUGAAGAAGUAAAACAAAAAUCAAAACCAAAAGUUCAAUUGUCGCAAUCUUCAACAUUAACACCCCAGCUGUCAUUUAAUUCACAAAGUCCAACAGAAAAAGCAGUACAAACACCAUCAACACCAUAUCCACCUCCUCAUCAACCACCACUUUCUGUUUAUAUGGAAAAACGGCUGGAUAACAAGAUAAACGAAGUACUAACCAUACUAAAGGAUGCAAAAACGAUACCAGUAUUAGAUACAAUCGGUAAUCGUUCACCCAAAGUGUUUGUUGGACCAUCCGAUCUCGAUGCACCCAGGGGUUAUGUUAAAUUUGCAUUGCCUUAUUUGUCGUCACUUGACAUUACUAAAAUCGAUUCAAUGAUCGAUCGUUUACCAUUUUUCGUCGCUCCACUUAAUUUCAAACCUCCACCAGGUUACGCGAAAAUUCCAUUCCCACCACCACAUAUAGGUUCUGUUGUUGUUUCUUCCAAAUCACCAGUUGUUUCCUCCUCUACUGAAUUCAAUCCAUUUAAACUCACGUCUCAAUUGCCGACUGAAGUGAACUCUUUACAACCAUCUAUAUCGAGUACCACGCAACGAGGAACCGAAAGAGCUCAACCAAUUACAGAUGCCACACCCUCUACACCGAAACGUAGCCGACAAAGAAAACCAUUGCAUAGGGGUUCAUUAACUAGUUUCAGCACGACUACUCCCUUGAAUGAUAUCACAGAACGACAAAAAGAUCAAUUUACGACACCUGCAGAAUUACAAAAGUUGCCAGAAAUUUCAACUUUAGAGAGCGAAAAACCACAGUUUUUGGAAAGUACACCGACGUCUAUUCGUCAGAAAUUUACACGAAAACCAGUAGAACAACAACAGACUGUUUUUGAAACCACGCAAGCACCCAUAUUUGAUAACACACAGAAACAACAGUUUGAAAGUACACAGCAACAGCAGUUUGAUAACAUUCAGCAACAGCAGUUUGAAAAUACACAGCAACAACAGUCUGAUCACACACAAUCACAACAGUUUUUCGCAGAUCAACAAGUUCCACAUAAUCAACAAAACUAUUUGGAUACUCUUAGCUCUUGGCCUCAGCAAGAACAACAACAACAGUUUUUCAAUAACCAACAACCAAGCCAACAGCCGUUCUUUGAAAAUCAUCAACAACUUUUAGACAAUCCUUCUCAGACCAGUCCAGAGCAAUUUUUAAACAAUCCUCAAUCGCCAACCGAUCUAAACAAUCCGGAAAUAAACCAACAACAAUUUAUUUCUAGCUCAACUGAAAAACAGAUAUUUAAAAACUUUCAACAAAUACAACCACUUUCUCAGUAUCAAGUAGGUAAUAAUUUCUUGAAUCAACAACAGUCGUCCACGGAACAAGUUCAGUCGGCAUCCAAUCCUCCACAAACCGUAUCUGAAGAACCUCUGACGGCAGCGACAUUAUCCCCCACAGACACGCCAAAACUUAGACAACGCCUGUCGUACUAUGAUAAAUUAUUGUUGACAUCAACUCAAGUUCCAGUAGAAAUACCAAGUACUCAAAAUAUCAUAGAAUCCAGUGAAAAACCCAAAGAACGAACGAAGUUGAGGCCAAGGCAAAGACUAACUACGACCAAAAGGCCUACGACGGAGUCUUCGAGCAUUUCGGAAGAAGUUUCUGAACAGAUAACAGAAACUUCGACCCAAAGGUAUAAUCCUCUGAAGAGACGUCGCCCGGUAACGACUACAACUACUGAAACUACCGAAACUACGAGAAAUCCUCUGAGGUCUAGAACGACACAAGCUAGUAGAUCAGAGUUCGUGCGAUCAAGAUCUAGCAGGAGACCAACCACAACAACGACUACAACAACUACGUCGACCACAGAAGCUGCGCCAGUUCAACAACAGUUCCAAGAUGAAGCACAGCCGACCAGUCAACAAGAUGAACAGAAAAAAAUCGAAGAAGCUGCGUCAUUCUGGAAUGAACCAGUAACUGUACAGCAGAGUCAUGGUUAUGAGUUAGAUACAAGGUACACGCAAGCGCCUUCUGGUCCAGACAGUAAGUUUAGCAGUGGGGAACCACCAGCGGACGAGGAUUUGUCGAAGGAAAAACACUACCACGGAAGUGGUAACGACAAGAAAGCACACGACCCGAACGUUGAGAAGAAAACACCAGGUCGCCGAGGUCAUUGGGUCAGGGUACGAGUGAAGAAACCGCAAGACAACCUGGAUACAGCUGAAUCGCAAAACUCUUUAGGUCCCCUUUCAGCAAAUGCCAUUCAUGAAUUAGUAACAAAACCGACCACCGAAUUCGAAGUAUCAUCGUCUUCUGCUCCGGAAGAAUUAUCCACAACCACAACUACCACUACGAUCGCACCGACAACCAUAACGGCGUCCGCGACAACUGACAGCAACCAAAAGCAAUUGUUAGUUACUACCAUUUCUGACAACGCAGAAGUGGCAGUGACGACAACGGAAGAAGAACGUCCGGCCGAAACCACCCAAACUCCAGAAGUGUCUCCACCCGUGGCCAAAUAUCCGGAUGACGAACAAGACGAGGCGUUCCAGCGGAACUUGGCCGAUAUGCUAGCAAAAUUCAUCAGUGGUGGUGACGAACCUCGGGCUGAGACCGCAACGGUAUCUGCUGAAGAGUCAACAGUUGACUUAGUUGCGGAGACAGAGUCAACCGACCCAACAAUCGUAACUGCAGCCGCGGUCACGGAACUGCCUCUCGCGCCGGUAACAUCCACUACGACCAAGGUAUCUAUGGAGACUGAAAUAUGCUAUAAGGGUAGGUGCGUGAAGAGCAAAAAGAACAAACAAAUCACUGACCUGGUGUCCGAGCCAUGAAUAUUAUAAUAAUAUAAAAUAUAUAAUAAAUAUAAAAUAUAAUGUAAUAUGUACACGCGUAUCUUAAGGUUAUAAUAAGAAAAGACGUGAGACGACGAUGCUUGUUUAUGGCAGGUGUCAGUAAUUAUCGAGUAUAGUAAGUAGUGUACAGAAUAAUAAAUAAAUUAUUGCUCGUACAUUCGCCUCGAGUCCACACAAAACCAAAGAUACAAACGGGAUAUAAAUCUGUGCCAACGUCUAGAAAAAAAAUAUUUUGUACAUAUUAUUUUUAUGCAUAAAUAUUAUUAUAUUUUAGUCACAUUUAUAUAAUUUAUUAGUUACGUGUAUGCGUUGAACAAACAUUUAUUUAUAUAAACCUACUGAAUGUAUCUAGUUUUUGUCUGUUUCACUAAUGAAACUCAUUUCAUACAACUUUAAACAUAUUUUAUUUAAUAUUUUUUACUUUGUAUUUGUAUAUAAACAUGUUUUACUUAUUAAAUAUUUAUUUGAUAAGUGAACCGUUUGCUUUGUCAUAAAAAU